UUACAUCAGCUCACAGUCCUGAGAGUUCGCCCUGAGAGAGAAGCUUGAGAGAAAGGAUUCUAGCACCCACUCUCCUACACUGGCUCAACUGGAUUACGAACUUCUUGGGACAAAUGGUUUGAGAGAGGAAGAUCUUCAGAAAGUGGCCAGAACCCUGGUGCUGCUGUCUCUCACACCUGAGGGGACGCAGAGAGAGGCUCCUUGGACCCGCGCGAAGUCUGUUGACUUUGGAUGCUCUCUUGAGGAGGGGCCGCCCAGAGGGGCCACUGGAGGGGCAGAUUGUUGCUUUUUCUCUGCUUUUGAGGAACGUCAAUAAACAGAGAGGGGAUAUCAGCCAGUUGCGUGAAGAUAUGAAGACUUGGUGUCUGUCCAGGAUGAAGCACCCAUGGAAAACCCAGCUUCCACCUCUCUUUCUGCUUUACCUGUUGGGAGCUGUGAGGACUCAAGUCAACCCAGGUGUGUGUCGGUAUCCACUGGGGAUGUCUGGAGGGCAGAUCCAGGAUGAAGACAUCUCUGCCUCCAGCCAGUGGUCAGAAUCAACGGCAGCCAGAUAUGGCAGGCUGGAAUUUGAGGAGGGAGAUGGUGCGUGGUGUCCAGAGAUCACGGUGGAGCCGGACAGCCUGAAGGAGUUCCUGCAGAUCGACCUGCGCUCGCUGCACUUCAUCACGUUGGUGGGCACGCAGGGACGCCAUGCAGGCGGCAUGGGCAACGAGUUCGCCCAGAUGUACAAGAUCAAGUACAGCCGCGAUGGCAGCCGCUGGAUCUCCUGGAGGAACAGACAGGGAAAGCAGGUGAUUGAGGGAAACAGAAAUGCAUAUGACAUUGUGCUUAAGGACCUCGAGCCCCCGAUCAUCGCUCGAUUUGUGCGCUUCAUGCCCGUCAUUGACCACUCCAUGAACGUCUGCAUGAGGGUGGAGCUUUAUGGCUGUGAAUGGCUGGAUGGCUUGGUGUCCUAUAAUGCUCCAGCUGGCCAGCAGAUGAUGCUUAAUGACCUGCCAGUCUACCUCAAUGACUCUGUUUAUGAUGGGGCUGUAGGCUACAGCAUGACGGAGGGUUUGGGCCAGCUGACGGAUGGGCAGAGCGGUCUAGAUGACUUCACCCUCAGCCACGUCUACAACGUGUGGCCUGGUUACGACUACGUGGGCUGGACUAAUGAGAGCUUCCCCAAUGGUUUUGUGGAGAUCAUGUUUGAGUUUGACCGCACACGCAACUUCACCACGAUGAAGGUGCACUGCAACAACAUGUUCAAGUGGCACGUGAAGACCUUCCAAAAGGUGGUGUGUUACUUCCGCUCCGAGUCCGACUGGGAGCCCACACCAGUGUCUUUCAGCCCUGUGAUGGACGACGUCAAUCCCAGUGCUCGAUUUGUCACUGUCUCGCUGUAUAACCACAUGGCCAGUGCAAUCAAAUGCCAGUAUUACUUCUCUGAUGUAUGGAUGAUGUUCAGCGAGAUCACCUUCCAGUCAGACACUGCAAUGUACAAUACAACUUUGGCUCCUCCUAAGACCGGCCCACCAACUAGCACCCAACCAGGGGAGGACCCCACUCAUAAAGUAGAUGAUAGCAACACAAGGAUUCUCAUAGGCUGUCUGGUGGCCAUCAUCUUCAUCUUGGUAGCCAUCAUAGUCAUCAUCCUCUGGAGACAAGUUUGGCAAAAGAUGCUGGAGAAGGCCUCUCGGAGGAUGCUGGACGAUGAACUAACUGCUAGUUUGUCAAUACAGAGCGAGACGUUCACUUACAACAACAACAACCCCUCCUCUGCACCCAGUGAGCAGGAGUCCAACUCCACUUACGAGCGCAUCUUCCCCCUAGGGCCUGACUACCAGGAGCCCUCUCGCCUCAUCCGCAAACUCCCCGAAUUUUCCCAGUCCACUGAGGAGGCCGCCUCCACCAGUACUGCGACAAAGUCCCCUGCGACCAACACCUCCAGCCAGGACGGAGUGCCUCAUUACGCUGAGGCUGACAUUGUCAACCUGCAGGGGGUAACUGGGGGCAACACCUACGCUGUGCCUGCAUUGACAAUGGACUUGUUGUCAGGGAAAGACGUGGCAGUAGAGGAGUUCCCACGCAAGCUGCUGACCUUCAAAGAGAAGCUAGGAGAGGGCCAGUUUGGAGAGGUCCAUUUGUGUGAGGCAGAGGGCAUGCAGGAUUUCAUGGAUGAGGACUUCUCAUUUGACAUCAGUGAAAAGCAGCCUGUACUGGUAGCUGUGAAGAUGCUGAGAGCAGAUGCCAAUAAAAAUGCCAGGAACGACUUCCUGAAAGAGAUAAAGAUCAUGUCAAGAUUGAAAGACCCCAACAUCAUUCGUCUGCUGGCCGUGUGUAUCUGCAGUGAUCCACUGUGCAUGAUCACAGAGUACAUGGAGAACGGAGACCUCAAUCAAUUUCUGUCCCGUCAUGAACCCGAGGGCCAGAUCGCCCUGCUCAGCAAUGCCCCCACUGUAAGUUACCGUAAUCUGCUGUACAUGGCCACCCAGAUUGCUUCAGGGAUGAAAUAUCUCUCUUCACUGAAUUUUGUCCAUCGCGAUCUGGCCACCCGCAACUGCCUUGUGGGCAAGAACUACACCAUCAAGAUUGCCGACUUUGGCAUGAGCCGUAACCUGUAUAGUGGGGACUACUACCGCAUCCAGGGUCGAGCAGUGCUGCCUAUCCGCUGGAUGUCCUGGGAGAGCAUCCUACUGGGAAAGUUCACCACGGCCAGUGAUGUGUGGGCCUUUGGGGUGACGCUUUGGGAGACGCUGACCUUUUGCAAAGAGCAGCCUUACUCCCAGCUCUCCGAUGAGCAGGUGAUCGAGAACACCGGAGAGUUCUUCAGAGACCAAAAACGCCAGAUCUACUUACCACAACCGGCCAUGUGUACAGAUCCACUCUACAAGCUCAUGUUGAGUUGCUGGCGCAGGAACACCAAGGAGCGUCCUUCUUUCCAGGAAAUCCAUUGCAUUCUUCUGGAAUGCCAGGUUUAAUGGUGUCCCCUUGAAUGCCACAACAGGCACAUCCAGAGACACUUUGUGUGCCCGCAGGACUCCAAACAGCAAACAAUACCGGUGAACAGACACAGACAUGCACACACAAACACUCACAAAAUGACUCCCCCUGUGUUUAACAGGGAUUGCUUGUCAAUCCAUUGCAAAAGUAACUUCACGUCAGCACCUCUGGGUGGCAGUAGAAAGCCAAAUAGAUACAAACCAAAGAAAUGUAGCAUUUAGGCACUUUUUGUCAAAUAAAAUUCACGGUUUUAUAGCCAUAGGUUUGUUGUCAAUAAAGAUGUCCCCAAACUAAUGUACAAAGAAUGCAAAAAAAGAUAUUUACAUAGAAUGAUCUCAUGUUUUUCAAAUGUUUUCAUUUUGAAGACAGCUUGAAUGUAAAUAGUACAUGCUGUUCAAUGGGUAAUGUAGAGAAUUGUGUAGAGUGUAUUUUGACAAAUGUAAGAAUGUUUCUUUUGCUUAUUGUUAUCUAGUCAUAUUAUUUGUGCAGCAAACUGCACCACUGUGCAGCACAGCAGAACAGAGACACACUUAUUUUUCAUUAUUUAUGAAAACUUUUUUCUAGACGUUAAAAAUGGAAUCAGCCCACAUACUGUAUGCAUGCAAAUCACUUGUUCACAUGUUCAUAGUUUAAAAGACUGAUACUGUGUUAAAUCCUCAACAAUUAUCAGUCAGAAAUGUCACUACAACUACCUACAGUGUAUAAAUUAAUAUUUAUGUUGUCUCAAAAAUGAUUUUUUUACGUUUGUUUAAUAAUCUCACAAACAUAUUCCAUUUUGCUUGUGUCCAGAGAUAAUGUAGUUUCCUAUCAUUCUGACAUUGUUAUUGCACAAGUAUGAUUCUUGUAAAAUACAUAACGUUUUGAUGGAAAAUAAAUCAUACUUAUAGGGCAUUCAAAUAAAAAUGUGGAUGUGAAGUUUAUCAAGGAUUAUAAACCAAAUUCAGUAAAUGCUAUUUUUAGAAUUGCAUCACCAUGAAUGAUGGAUUCAGUCAUUAAUGAGAAUAUGCCAUUCAUUUAAAAUGUUCAAUUAUGGUCUGUAUUUAGUCUUACUGUAUGUGGAUCUAGACUACAAAGCUCCUAAUGACAUUUAUAUUCAUACUUUACUUAUGUUUUUUCUCAUGCAUUUAUGAAUGUAAAUCCCAAUUUUCCUCCAUACAGGAGAACUAAAAAAAAAAGCUUUUUCAUUUGGAUUUAAGGUCUUCAUAAAACACUGAUCUGACCACAUGCGUGUAAACAUAGACUUCUGAUAAAAAAAAAAAAAAACUGGACUUCUUUAGAGAUGCACUAUGGUGGUUUAUUGUAAGUUAGGCUUUGACAUAUUGUUCUGCAUUCUAAGGAAAUAAGUGAAAACGUGUGCAAGCUGGGUUUUUGUUUCUAACUUGCAGGUAAUGUCAACUACUAUGAACUGAGAGAGGAGUAUAAGUUAUGUGGGAUAUAUGGCAUUUGUAUCUUCAGCUUUAGAAAUGGCAAAUGGAAUGAGAGGUCAUGUAAAUUUGGUAGAAGGUUCGUGUGAUGUUCAGAAAAAUUAAAGAUGAUUUUAGGGUCACAUCUCCACGUUUGUCUGUGGAAGCUUCCAGAUGUCUAGAUUCUCAUUAAAGAUGUAUUUAUGACAAUGUAUAAUGUAACACACUAAAAGGACAUAUAUUUAAUAUCUCAUGGACCCACUGUAGCUAUCUUUGAACUUUGAGCCAAAGAAUGUUAAGAUUGCAUUGUAGAUAUGGUCUUACAGGUAGGCUAAUUCCAGCAUGUGCAUACUCAGUAUGACAGUUUGUUUCUGUUGUAUGUAUCCCAGUUUGUUGUUUCCUCUCUUUAAUUUGAAUUUGAAAGUAUGGCUGCACAUACAAUAGAUUUAGCCUAUUCAUCAUUUUGGUGAUUGAUUUUCAAGUGGUAACAUUUUAUUGUAGGCUAUUUGUAUGAAUUAUAAGACUUAUUCGCCAUAUUAUCUGUACCUGAUGGGUUUUGCAUCAUCUUUGUAUAAUGGUUUUAAUUAUAUAUAUAUAAAAAGUUUAUUGAUACUGACUUAAUUAUGUACAGUAAAUAUUGUAUAGUGGUCAUCUCUGUGUUACUGCUUUAAUAAAUUCAGCUUUAUUCAUUGUA